AUGGAGUUUCUGGGCUCCUCCACAACAUGCUCGUUGCAAGAGCAAGGUCCUCAUUUGCAGAUGCUGCAGUUCCAGCUUGUUGUGGUGCAAUUGGCCCUUGUUAUUACCCUGCUGCAGUGGCGUUCUACCUCAGUGCUCCUUGUGGAGGCAGCUCCAGAGCCUUUGGAGCCUUCUGCUGCCAGUGAAGAGAAGUCAGCCACCAACCUGGCAGCCAAACUGUUCCUUCUUGAUGAGCUGGUGUCACUGGAGAAUGAGGUGACUGAGACCAAGAAGAAAAGAAGUUUCCCAGGAUUUGGCUCCCCGAUUGACAGAAUUUCUUCUACCUCUGUGGAUGUUAAAGGCAAACAGAGCUUGGCUCUGAAACGGUCAUCACUGGCCACUAACGGUCAUUUGCCAAG